CUGUUUCUCUCGCGUCCCACUCCCACUCCCACCCGGCUCGGCUCUCGUCGCGUCCUGUGGUAUGGCGCCGCAGUUGCCUCGGGCGCUCCUCCGACGACCCCGCCCCUCCUCGUAACCACCGUCCGUACCGAUCCAAACCCCGCAGAGCACCACGGCCGCCACGGCAGCCUCUCCCCUCGACCCGGACAGCCAUGGCGGCCGCACUUCUCGCCGCCGCGCCCUCGCCUCUCCCGCCGGCAUCUUGGAGACGGAGGCCUCUCCUCGCGGCCCCGCCGCCCGCUCUCCGCUGCCUCAGGGCUCCUGCCUCCGCUCCUCCCGCAAUCCCGCCGCCUCCCCGCAGAGCCCUCGUUCCCGUCGCCAGAGCCGCGCGCGGGGCGGCGCCGGCGCGAGGCGGCGGUGAGGCGACGGGGAAGUCCGGCCAGGCGCCGCGCGAUUGGGGCGCGCUCGCGGGGCGGCUGGCGCUGGGCGCGCUCCUCGGCUCCGCCGCCCUGCUCGGCUGCCGCGGCGUGGCCCUGGCGGCGGCGGAGGACUCCAUCAGGGCGUCCGGAUUCGGGCUGCGGGUGGCGGCGUCCCUGCGGAGCCUCGGCUGGCCCGACGACGCCGUCGUGUUCACACUGGCUACACUGCCGGUGCUCGAGCUGCGGGGAGCGAUUCCGGCCGGGUAUUGGAUGCGCCUUCACCCCGUCCGGCUCACCGUCCUGGCAGUUUUGGGGAACAUGGUGCCUGUGCCAUUCAUCAUCCUCUACCUGAAGAAACUCGCAACCUUCCUCUCGCAGAGAAGCGCUUGGGCGACCCAGAUAAUGGACCUCCUCUUUGAGCGGGCGCGACGGAAGGCCGCACCUGUCGAGGAGUUCCAGUGGCUCGGGCUCAUGCUGUUCGUCGCCGUCCCAUUCCCAGGCACGGGAGCAUGGACCGGCGCCAUCAUCGCGUCCGUCCUGGGCAUGCCCUUCUGGUCAGGCUUGUCCGCCAACUUGGUGGGAGUGGUUCUUGCGGGGUUGCUGGUAAACUUGCUCAUGAACCUUGGUCUGAAGCACGCCAUUGGCACCGGGGUGCUACUCUUCAUUGUAUCAACUGUCAUGUGGGGUGCCCUUCGGGGUGUGAAGAAAUCGUUGAAUACAAAAUGAUGCUCUAGCUGAAUCCACACUGAAAUGUUUUGAAUUUGUUUAUAAUAACCCUUGCGAGGCCUGUUUGAUGA